AUGAUUGAUCGACCUGGACUUCUAGAGGUGCCUUUGAAUUCACAGCAGUUUCUUCUUCGAACCACCCCGGAUCUCUCAAUUGUGUUUUGUGACGCAAGGGUCGGCGAGGUGCUACGCUUCAAUCCUACUGACCUGCUCGAUCGAAGUCUUUAUCAACUCAUCAGUGUCGAAGAUUGCGAAUCACUUCUCAGAGCCCACAUGAUGAUUUUGAGACCUGAAGAAUGUCAGUCAGUCACACAGUAUGUCAGUAUGUUCUGUCAAGGUGGUGGACUGGCUACGGUAGCACUUCACCUCAUUAAACUGCCCAGUAAUCAUGUUGGAGCAACAUUUUCCAUUUCCAUCAUUUGUACGCUUGUCGGUAUGUUCUGUCAAGGUGGUGGACUGGCUACGGUAGCACUUCACCUCAUUAAACUGCCCAGUAAUCAUGUUGGAGCAACAUUUUCCAUUUCCAUCAUUUGUACGCUUGUCGGAUUCUCGUCGCUUCCAAUUACGCUAGAUGUUAUACAAUUUCUCCAUCCAUUCGAUAUGAAACAAUCGAUAGGCCUGGGAGCGCAUUCAAGCGCAUUCUAUGCGGACGCAAUGAGCAAAGAAUCGUCCAGCCGAUUACUGCCCCUCAUUGGGAACAAGCGAACCAGCCGGAAACGUGCCGAUCCGGGCACUGAGACUCCAAUGCUCACGACAAAGUUCUUUCGCCCUGCAUGA